AUGGAUUACAGAAAUCAAUCUUUGGUGGCUGAAUUUUUUUUCAUGGGCUUAACAAAUCACUUCUACCUGCAGGUUGUUCUCUUCCUAAUAUUUCUUUUUGUUUAUCUUGUCACUCUUCUGGGAAAUUUGGGGAUGAUCACUCUGAUUUGCAUGGAUUCCAGACUCCACACACCCAUGUACUUUUUUCUCAGUCAUUUGUCCUUUGUGGAUGUUUGUUCCUCCUCUACCAUUGGUCCCAAGAUGCUGACUGACAUCUUUUUGAAGAGAAAAACAAUUUCUUUCUUUGGCUGUGCUGCCCAGAUAGGGUUUUUCGGUAUGUUUGUAGUGACUGAGUGUUUCCUCCUGGCUUCCAUGGCGUAUGAUCGGUAUAUGGCCAUCUGUAAGCCCUUAAUGUACAUGCUUAUUAUGUCCCAGCGGGUCUGCAUGCAGCUGGUGAUAGGACCUUAUGCUGUGGGUCUUAUAAGCACCAUGACCCAUACAACUUUAACCUUUCGUCUACCCUACUGCAAUUCAAAUAUCAUCAAUCAUUUCUUUUGUGACCUUCUUCCUGUUCUCUCCUUGGCAUGUGCAGACAUUCAGGUCAAUAAAAACUUACUUUUCAUCUUGGCUGGGGCUCGAGGAGUAUUCAGCAGUGUGAUCAGCUUAGUCUCCUAUAUUUACAUCAUCAUUGCCAUCCUGAAGAUUGGCUCUGCUGAUGGAAGGCACAAAGCCUUCUCCACCUGCUCAUCACACUUAACAACUGUCUCCAUCCUCUAUGGGACACUCUUCUUCAUCUAUGUACGUCCCAGCUCUAGUUUCUCCCUGGACAUUAAUAAAGUGGUUUCAUUGUUCUACUCAGCAGUGAUCCCCAUGUUGAACCCACUUAUCUACAGCCUGAGAAACAAGGAGGUAAAAGAUUCAUUUAGAAGAACAUUUGGAAGGAAGAAGUUUCUGAUAAAUAGAUAA